CAGAGCGGUUAUACAAUCUGCGCCCUGACUCGAGAACUGCCAGAACUAAACCGUUACCAUGUUCUGCCUUUAAGGGCUGCUUCGCUAAAAAAAAGAAGAAGAAGAAGAAGAAGAAGAAAAACAAAAAAACAAGCUGCCAAAAUGAUGAAAAACCAAAUUCACGGGUGAGGAAACAAAAUAAAAACAAAAAAAAAAAAAAAAGAAAGGAAGAGAGGGAAGGACUUCGAUCUCUCGGUGAGUGGUGGAGGUGCAGGAGGAGAUGCACGAGGAGAAACAAAACAAACUACCUUUUCAUGGGGGAGAAGGAAGUGUUUUUCUUUUUUUUUUUCUACUUCAGUAAAUAAAUCAUGUGUGAAAGGAAGCCGCGGUGAGAGAAAUGGCUUCUCCCAAGUCAAAGAUAAAUGCUACAAAGGUGGCGGCGGCAGCAGCAGCGGCUCAAGAAUCCGGUCCCGUGGAUGAUUACGUCACGCCCGGGGGCUACGAGCUGGAGAAAAUCCUCAACCGUGGGAGCGUAGCUUACACCCAUGUCAACGAGGUCUGGCCUAACGUUUAUAUUGGGGACGAAGAGACGGCGAAGGACAAGUACAAGCUGAGGGAGCUGGGGAUUACGCACGUCCUGAACGCAGCAGAGGGGACGUGGAACAACGUGGACACCGGGCCCGGUUACUACGGCGACAUGGACGUCGUCUACUACGGCGUGGUGGCGGAGGACGUGCCAGCCUUUGACCUCAGCCAGCACUUCUUCUCUGCAGCCCGGUUUAUUCAGGAGACGCUGAAAGACCCUCAGAAUAAGCUGCUGGUGCACUGCGUGAUGGGGAGGAGUCGGUCCGCCACGCUCUUCCUGGCCUACCUCAUGAUCUGCGAGGACAUGACGGUGGUGGACGCCAUCGAGCACGUGAAGAGGCGCAGGAGGAUCAUCCCCAACUGGGGCUUCCUGAAGCAGCUGAGAGAGCUGGACCAGCACCUCCUGGAGAAGAGGAACGACCCCUCGGAGGAGGAGAGGAGCUGAUCGGACCGACGGCCGAGUCAGGGAAGGCGAAGUGCACAAAUGCGUUUAGGUAAAUCUCAAGCUGUGGUCGUGUGAGGACCAGGUCUUGGUGGAUCCAAAGAGGUUUAUUGGUUGACCCCAGGGAACUAACUAUAUGGAAGGAGUUGAUCUUCAGACACAGAGGAGGCCAGACUUGUCCUGCAAUGAAAGAGGAGAGAACUACAACCUCAACUUUAGCUCUAUAGCUUCAUACACCACUUAGCCGUAAGAUUAUGACCACCUGCAGACCAGAUACUUAAUAUAGUUUCCUGCAGCCAUCAUUCGCUUUUGUCUGUCAGUGGUCAUAAUGUUAUGGCCUGUCACCAAGUCCCACGUGUCGCGAGACAAACCGCAGUCUAAUAAAAGUCGAGAUCACUCGGGUGUCAGGUCUUCAUUUGUUUUUGUCGCUUGGAUUUUUUAAAACUUGAGACGCGGAGACGUUUUUAAGAAUCUCAAGUGAAUCAAGACUCAGAGCGGAAUUUUUUUUUUAUUUUAUUUUUAAAAUAAUAUUUAGUUUUAACAGCUGCCUGGUUCACCUUCAAAAAAAAAAAAAAUAAAGGAAAGAAAGAGAAAAAAAAAGCCUCUUAAAUGUCGUUUCAAAUUAAAAGGAGAACAAAUCCGAUACAUGGUCAAUCAUAAUUUAUUCUUAUGCUAAAAUGUACAGCAUUUUAAGUGACUGACAAAAGGAGAAAAAAGUCAUAAAUACAAGAAAUGUCAUUCUGUCUGAUUUGUGUGCACAUAGCCAGGUACCCCCCCCCCCCACCCUCACCCCGCCCCCCCCCUUGUUCUCACCAGCAACUCUGUACAGGUACAAAGGCUACAAAAGAGCAAUAUAAACAGAAACACAAGUACAAGUUGCGUUUUACAUGCAAUCCAUUAGCUUAGUUUGGUCUAUUCACAGGCUCUAUUCUUCUACACUUCGGUAAAAUAUAAAUCCAACAUUUUAUAAAGAUAGAAAACAAAUCUACAGAUGGAAUGAAAACGUAGCUUUUUUAAAGGCAUUAUGUAAAAUAUCGACUUUGGACUAAAUUUAUAUUUUCUUUAUUGUUAUUCAUCGCUAUAAUCAUUUAGUUUCUUUCUUUCUUUCUGUUUUUUUAUUCUUUUAAAUUCCGCCACACUUCUGGACACUUUGAAAUGUUUUAGAAUUCUUCAGGGUACAAACACUGAGAUAUGCUUUGUUAUUUUUGACAGAAAUCAGUCUGCUUUAUUAAACAGAAAGCUGCCUCAAGGAGAUCUCUUACAAAAAACUUCAGAAUUAUACAUACAUAUCAAUAAAACCUCUCAAACCAAACCAAAAAAAGAACAAAAAAAAGAACAAAAAAAAAAAAAAACAGGACUAAGUUUACAUUUUUUUUACAUUAUUAGAAUUAACAAAAUAUAGUUUCAUCUUUCUCCCCGUGCGGGGAAACCUAAUAAAGGCCAGAUAUUUUUAAAAUGGCUUGCUAUUAAGCACAACACUUGUACAGUACUACUCAAUGCACUGUCACUAACAGAGACUGAAGCAUGCUAGUUGUCACUUUACAAAAUAAGUACAAUAAUUUAAAUAUACAAAGGCAUGAGUAUAGUACAAACUAAUUGUCAGCACUGUUAGACAGGUACACUGAACAGGUUCAAACAGCCACUAUCUCCACUUGUAGCAGGCACAUUAAAUGGCUUCAUUUGAGGCUGCUACACGACUGCAAGACCACUGAUGAAAUCUCUACCUCUGAGCUCUGAACCCGCCUGGCCUAAAGACACAUCAGAGACACUAACACUAAUUAAAUAGAUUUUCAUCGUAAUGAUGUAAGGCUUCCCAUCCGGAGGAACAAAAAUACUUCUUUUUUUUUUUCUUUUUUUCCUUUUUUUUUUUUUAACAUUAGCUUCAAAGUUUACUCACUGAUGAAAAUUUUUGCAUUCUUUCCAAGUGCUGCUGCUGGUUUUUAAGUCAUAAACAAUAACAAAAAGACACCAAAAAAAGAAGAAGAAGAAGAAGAAGAAGAAGAAGGAGAAGAAGAAA